AAAAGACUUCUAAACCCACCUCUCACACAUCCUUUUAAUAAGAAUCACAAGCACACUAUUCAACUCAACAACACCCUUCUCUUCCUCCACCAUCAUCAUGCAUCCAAUAAAAUCAUCAUCAUUCAACUACUACUCUCUACCCUUUCCCUAAAGAAACUAAAAAAAAAAUUCCAUAAAAGUUCUUCCCCCAUCUUUCUCUCUUCCUUUAUUUCACCACUUUUUCAAUGAUGCCACCAAAUAAUAACACCCCACAAGAUCAUGACCAAAACAAAAACCAGCAAAAACAAAAACAACAAGAACAAGUUUCUUCUUCAGAAACAAAGAAAAGACCAUCAUCAUCAACAUCAGAUGAACAAAAAGUUGCAAUAAAAUGUCCAAGAUGUGACUCACCAAACACAAAAUUCUGUUACUAUAACAACUAUAGUCUCACUCAACCAAGACAUUUCUGCAAAACUUGUAGAAGAUAUUGGACAAAUGGUGGAUCUUUGCGAAAUGUUCCGGUAGGCGGUGGUUGUAGAAAGAAACAAAAAUUCAAACACUCAUCAUCUCAAUCCAUACUUUCUAAGUACUCUUCUUCACCUUCACUUGAUUUUCAUCUUGGUGGGUUAUUACCCUUACCAUUACCAUUACCAUUACCCUUUUCUUCAAAGGUUCAUCAUCAUGCAAAUCAUCAACCUUUUUUGAAUAACCAAUUCUCUUCAAGUUUUCAACUUGAUCAUUCUCUUAGCUCAAAUUCAUUGAUGGGUCUAAAUAAUUUAUACCCUUUUUCUUCUUCAAAUGGAAAUGGAAUAUUCAAUGGUGCAAAUGGAAUGAAUUUCAUGAAUGUGAAUAGUACUAGUGCUAUUACUACUAAUAGUACUAGUCUUGCUUCUAGUAUUGAAUCAUUGAGUUGCAUGAAUCAAGAUUUGCAUUUGAAGCUUCAGCAGCAGAGAUUAGCAACAAUGUUUGGUGGUGGAGAUGAUAACAAGAAAGAUGAUAUUAAUGGUAUUAGCAGCAGCAAUGUUUUGGUUUCUGGUCAAGUUAGUAGCAUUGAAAAGCCUCAAACAAUUUUGUUUCAGAAUCUUGAUAUUUCAAAGACAAAUGUUCCAAAUGGUGGUGAUGCACCAAUGGAAUGGUUGUUUGGGAAUUCUUAUUCUUCAUUCAUGAUGACUCCUACAAUUACAACAUCUAGUAUUGGUGGUGUUUGCAUUAAUGGUGAUCAUGAUCAUGGAAACAACAAUGGUUGGAUUAAUAAUGGUGUUAAUGCUUGGAGUGAUGUGCAGCAGCAGCAACAACCAUAUACUGCUUUGCCCUAAAGAGGAUUAAUUGAUUAAGUCUAUGUGCUUGGAUGAGGGGUAAAUUUGGAAAAAUUCCUGUGAUUUUGUUGAAGCUUCAACGUUCAAUGUGUAGAUUUUCUCAAAGUGAUUCUGGCAGUCUCAUCGUCAAUCCAAAUAUUGCUAAGAAGUAGAAGUUUUUUUAAUCUUGGAAGGAAAAGGGAAGAGUGAAGGAAUUAAUUGCAAGGUCAAGUACUAUAUAAUUGUCUAAAAUUAAAACAUCUUUUAUGUUUUGUUAAAAAAAAAAAAAAAAAAAAAAACUUUUAUGUGAAUUUGUCUCCUUUAUUUAUUUUGUGUUCAAAAUCAAAAUAUUUAUGUAAUAAUAGAAUGAAAAUUUUAGUUCAUAGCAUUUUGUUUAUAAACUCAUGUGUAUUAUAAUUGUCAAAACUCUCUUUUCUAUUGAUGAAUUUGAGCUUCA